CUCAAGAUUCUGGGAUUCCCAUUUUUUCCCAUCCCAGCUCCUUCAAAUUGCUACUCCCAACGCAGCUUGCAUUCACCUUGGAAGCCUUCUUCUACGCCAAGCAAAGAAUUAAGGUCCACUGAAGCCAUCAUCCUCAGGCCUUCGCCCGCACUCCGUCGCAUUCCCGAACCUUCUGUGAGCCUCCGCGUUCUCGAAACCGUGUCCACGACUCCGACUCCCCACACACCUCUAUAAAUACCAAUACACUCAUAUCUAUACAAGAACCACACCUCAAAAUGUCGAACGGCGCAGUCGUCCUCGGCGACGAUGACCUCCUCGAACCCACCCUCCAAUCCAUCCUCGACCAAAAGACCCUCCGCUGGAUAUUCGUCGGAGGCAAAGGCGGCGUGGGCAAGACAACGACCUCAUGCUCGCUCGCGAUCCAAAUGGCCAAGCACCGCAAGUCGGUACUGCUGAUAUCGACGGACCCCGCACACAACCUCAGCGACGCGUUCAGCCAGAAGUUUGGCAAGGAUGCGCGGCUAGUGAAUGGGUUCGACAACCUCAGCGCUAUGGAGAUUGAUCCAAAUGGGAGUAUACAGGAUCUGCUGGCGGCGGGGGGCGAUGGGGCCGAGGAGGCCAUGGGAGGCAUGGGGGGAAUGGGGAACAUGAUGCAGGACUUGGCUUUCAGUAUACCCGGUGUCGACGAAGCCAUGUCCUUCGCCGAAGUGCUCAAGCAAGUCAAAUCCCUCUCCUACGAAGUCAUAAUCUUCGACACAGCGCCGACCGGCCACACGCUCCGCUUCCUCCAAUUCCCGACCGUGAUGGAGAAAGCCCUCGCCAAGAUCUCCCAGCUCUCCUCGCAGUUCGGGCCCAUGCUGAACGGCAUCCUCGGCGCGCGCGGCGGGCUCCCCGGCGGCGGGAGUCUGGACGAUGUGCUGGAGAAGAUGGAGUCGCUGCGCGAGACGAUUGCGGAGGUAAACGGGCAAUUUAAGGACGCGGACAUGACGACGUUUGUGUGCGUGUGCAUACCUGAGUUUUUGAGCUUGUAUGAGACGGAGCGCAUGAUUCAGGAGCUAUCGAGCUAUGAAAUCGAUACGCAUGCGAUUGUGGUUAAUCAGUUGCUGUUCCCGAAGAAGGACAAUCCGUGCGAGCAGUGUAAUGCGAGGCGGAAGAUGCAGAAGAAGUAUCUGGAUCAGAUUGAGGAGCUGUAUGAUGAGUUCAAUGUGGUCAAGAUGCCGCUUCUGGUGGAGGAGGUUAGAGGGAAGGAGAGGUUGGAGAAGUUCAGCGAGAUGCUGGUCCAGCCGUUCGUGCCGCCGGAAUAGAGCAUGCAAACCCCGGUAGUCCAUAGCUGGUGCACAGUUGGAUGGCCUGGGCAGGGUUUGAGCGAGUACAUAACAUGAUACCACGUGGACACCGCAAUAAAUAAUUCACGAGAGAUGUAAAAUGCUCUCCGACACUUGAUGCAAAUAUGCAGUAGUCCCCUUCUCUAGAAGACUUGCGGAAACAUCGUGGCGCAAUAGCAUACUUCCUAACUAUCCAAGAGCGUGACUCCGACUUCAAAUGUCGUUCAUACUGUAAGUAGUAGUAACUUGUAAGCAAUAAAACUCAAAAAUCCC